AUGUUCAUACAACCACGUUAUGAAACCGCGUACGCGUGCGAAGGCAAAACCUUGAAAAUCGGUUGCAGAGAAGGUUCUGUUAUUCACCUCAUCAGAGCUAACUAUGGAAGAUUCUCAAUCACAAUAUGCAAUGACCAUGGCAAUACUGACUGGAGUGUCAACUGUAUGUCAACGAAGAGCUUAAGAGUUCUACAUAGCAGAUGUAGCAUGCACCAGAACUGCAGUAUAUUGGCGAGUACGAACAUGUUCGGCGAUCCAUGUCCCAACACACUGAAAUAUCUCGAAGCGCAUUAUCAAUGUGUGCCAGCGUCGACAUCAAGUACAACCAACCGGCCAUCACCUCCAUGGCUCAUCACAUCACAACCAACAGUGUGGAGGUCCACAGUUCCGCCGGUACCUAAAAAUCCAGUGCAGACUCAACAGAACGAAAGGAAGAAGCCGACUGUGAUCACACCGCCGACAUUCAGGCCACAUAUUACCUUACCUCCUGAAGUACGACUUGGAGAUGUUGUAAUCAAGAUCACAACUCGACAACCGGAUACGUCAUCAGAAAGAGGACUGCCCCAGAUCCCCAGAGAAACUGUACCUGAAGUCAAAGAAGAAGUGCCGAAGGUUGUGGAGCCGGAGCACAGUCCAAAGAGUGACAAACCAAAAGAAGAAGAACCGGUAAUAACGGAGGGCACCUUAGAAUGGCCAGCGAAAGAUGAAGACAUGCAACCUACACCAUCACCUCCGAAGGACAUCAGACCAGAUCCAGACAUCAUUGACGACUUUGAUAGAACUUUUUCAACCAGUUCUAUACCGAAUAUAGGACGUCGAGCUUUCUGCCCACAAGUGACCGCAAGAGGCCUCAAUUGGAACUGGACGUUGGCGAAUACUUAUGCUGUCCAGCCUUGUCCCGGAGGAGCAACUGGCUUGGCUAGGUGGAAGUGUAUUCUAACAGUUCACCAAUACAUAGAGGAAGAACGUCCCAGACGACGUGGCACGGGUCUACCUUCAGGGGAGAACUACCACGAUCUCGGAUUGGAACCAACUGAUAAGCAAAUUGAACUUAUUAGAAGACUGGGCUCUGAAGCUUUGCUUAAAGGUCGUGAUGGCGAUUUUAUGGAUCACAUAAUCGAUUAUCGAAGCUCUAUGGGUUCUUCAGACUCACCGAACAACCACAAUCAGCUCAAUAGUGAAUUUAUUUAUACUGACUCAGUGCCAGAAUGGCAUGGUGAAACUCCUGAUCUGAGCGAGUGUCGAUCAGUAUGGUUGAACAGCUUAGAAGCCAGGGUCAGAGAAGGAGAGUCGUUACUCAGUAUCAGCAAUGACUUGGCACAGGUAACAUCCUCUAAGACCCUAUACGGAGGCGAUAUGAUGACCACUACUAGUAUUAUGAAAAAGCUCGCUCAGCGCAUGUCGCAGAACGUCAGAACCUUCGAGGAUCCAAAGCAUAGGGAGGCUUUAGUCACUGAUAUGCUCCUCGGUGUUAUAAAGACCGGAUCGAACCUUCUAGAAGAGUCCCAACGUUCUUCGUGGGCAGAUCUGAAUGUUGACGCUCAGUCUCGCGCCGCAAGCGCUCUGCUGACUCAGCUCGAAGAGAAUGCCUUCCUUUUAGCUGAUGCUAUCACCAAGGAAAAGACUAUCCUACAAAUUGUUAAGAAUAUUUGUCUGUCAGUAAGAGUUUUAGAAGUAAAGAACGUGGAAGACGAGACUUUUCCCUCGAUCAUCGCCCAAGAACAGUGGAAAGGGUCGGAAGACACCAUCACCAUACCCAAAGCUGCUUUACUUGAAAACCGACAAAACGAGUUAGUUCGAAUAGUAUUCUUUGCUUUUGACCGACUCGAGGAGAUAUUACCACCGGCUUUCGGCAAAAGUCCCAGGUUCAUUCAGUUCAUGGUCGACUCCGGGACAUCGUCAUCCACCAGCAUCAACUCUGAAAGAGAAAAGAGGAAUGUCACCAAGGUUAUCAACUCUAAGGUAAUCUCAGCGAGUUUAGGCAACGGUCGCCACAUCGAGCUGUCACAAACAGUACGCAUCACGAUGAAGCAUCUCAUGACUGAAAACGUCACUAAUCCCGCUUGCGUAUUCUGGGACUAUACAUUACACGGCUGGUCUCCAGAAGGUUGCAACGUGGAGUGGUCGAACGCAACCCACACCGGCUGCGCAUGCUCGCAUCUGACCAACUUCGCCAUUCUCAUGGACGUCCAUGGAGUACCCCUGAGCGCUAUGCAUGAGCUGGCUUUACAGACUCUUACGUAUAUCGGUUGUGGGAUAUCCACCGUGGCCUUAGCAGCUGCUAUCAUCGUGUUCAUGUGCUUCAGGAAUGGAAAGCAAUCAGAUCGCGCGUUAAUCCACAAGAACCUCUGUUUCUGCCUGCUGGUUGCCGAGAUAGUCUUCUUAGCUGGAAUUGACAAGACAUAUAACAGGAUCUUCUGUGGUCUCAUCGCUGGUGUACUGCAUUACUUCUUUUUGGCGGCCUUUGCCUGGAUGUUUCUUGAAGGUUUACACCUCUACGCAAUGCUAGUGGAAGUCUUCGAGCCUGAACAUCCCCGUGCACGGUGGUACUGCACGUUCGCGUACCUGGCCCCAGCCUUGGUGGUGCUAGUCUCCGCAGCGAUAUACCCUGGGGGCUAUGGCACAGACCGCCACUGUUGGCUCACCACGGAUAGAUGGUUCAUGAUGAGUUUCGUGGGACCGGCUUGCUUGGUUCUCGUGUUUAACUGGAUCUGCCUGGGCAUGGUGAUCUACAUGAUGUGCACCCAUUCCACGGUAUCAUUGAAGGCCAAAGAUGACGCCAAGCUGUAUAAAAUGAAAGUGUGGCUAAAAAGUUCCCUAGUCCUGGCCUUCCUCCUGGGUUUGACGUGGACCUUCGGUCUCCUGUACCUCAGCGAACAGACUGUAGUAAUGGCGUACGCAUUCACUAUACUCAAUUCAUUACAAGGACUUGUCAUAUUCAUCUUCACUUGUCUGCAGAAUGAUAAGUUCCGCAACGAAUGCGCCCGUAUCGGCCGCCGUCACCCCUGGCUUUCCUGCUGUCUUCACUUCACCGGACAACCAUCAGAGACACUUCAGCAUAACAACGGCCCUACGGCCUCCUCGUCCAACCACAUAGACACUCGCCAAGGCUCUGUCAAGAGUCGGAGAUAUCACCAGAGCGGUGCCGAUGUCGAUGAUGUAGUGGAUCCGAGAGAUGUCACGAGCUACAGCUUGCAACCUGACGGAGCCAGAUGGAACAUCCGCCCGACCGCGCCGAUAUACGUACCGGCUGACGAUGCAAGAUCUAUGCGUGUACCUACUCCUCAGAAUAUACCUCAUUCAACUUCACACACUCAAAGUAUCGCAUCAAUGCAUAGCUAUCGAAAUAAUAUCGAAGUACCGAACGAAUACCAGAACCUUCGAUCGCGGUCGCCAUCUUGUUUUUCAAACAAGAUGGCCGCGUCGAUUGGCGCGAACGACUGGGCUGUCAUGGCGAAUGCAACCGUUUGGAAGAACAAUUCUUCUAAACACCACCCGGGCAAUUCGGCCACCUUACAGCAUCACGACACACUGUCGAGGCAAUUGGCUCAACAGAACCACCUCCACAGUCCCUACGAAUGUGACGCUCCGCUAGCACCGGGAUCUCCACGGCACGUCGUUAAAGAUGAGGAAAGUCCUCUGCAUCAUCCUCAGGGCUAUCAAACUACGCGCAGCUACAACCACGACUUCAGAAACCCUCACGUCUACAUGUCACAGCAUUCACCUGGAAGCCAAGAGAUGAUCUUCCGUAAACAAUACAAAGAUGAUCGCAGGAAGCAUCACCACCAUCACGGAAGCCAGAAUAUAAAUCAUACGUACUCAGAAAUUGCGUCCCAGCAGGGCAGAAUGUAUAGACGCGGAUCAGAGCAGGAGUUUCGCGUGAUCCAAGAUGACCCAGUUUAUGAAGAAAUAGAAAGAAAUGAGACCUUGAUGUCUGACAUGUCUGACGAUAAUUCUGGACCUGAUAAUUGCCGGCAAAAUUCAGGACAUCACGGUUCUUCGAGCUCAAAAUUUUUUGGGGAUCAUCGUCCUUUGAUCUCGUACAGUCCUGGAGAGAGACACCAUCAUGAACAAGAGCAUUAUGGGAAAUACGGCAAGUGGGAUACAUUGGAGCGCUACGACCAGAGGCAUUACGAGAGUGGCAGGUUGAUGCAUCCGUACCACCAGCCACAAGAGAACAACAUGAGGGCUUUGGCAGCUGUUCUUAAUGGAGAAAACAACGUGGUGUGCCACUUGGAGCCCCACAACUCGUACGACGUGUACCAGCCGCAGAGCGGUAACCCUAGGACUGUUUCACAACCCAGUUUUUAA